GCAACGUUCACCCGUUCCAGAAUCACCACCACCGGCGAGCUGCAUUCAACUCAUUCUCAAUCUUCUUGUUGACUGACCGAGAGAUAGCACGUCGCUGAUAUCCAUUCUCGGUCCCCUCAUAAGUUCCGAAUACCGCCCCGCCCCACCGCACUUCAGGAAAAGCGACAGGGAAGCGAUUGCACGGAUCCUUCGAUUCGAGACAUGAACACGACCCCGAAGCCCCACCGAUGAGCCUGACGCCGGACGAGAGCUCGGCAGCCCCGGCACGGGACUCCGCCGGGGAUGACCUGGAAGGAGAGGAGCAAGAGGAGGUGGAGUUUGGAGAUUACGCGAUGCCUGAUACAUUGGAUGAUGCCGUGGUAGCGGGCGCCGGGGAAGCCGACAGGACGUUGGAGUACCUACAGGAGGCUCGGGGAGAAGAGGGCAGGGAAGAGGCGGUGGGAUUGUCGACGAACGGGUCCGCUUUUAGAAAGUUCAAGGCUAUGGAAGAAGCUCACGAAGCUGGUGGGAGAUCUCCGACGAAUCGCGCACCGAGUUCUGCGGGAUCGUAUUCCACUCCGGACGAUACGCCGAGUCUACACGGCUCUGUUACCUCUUCUUCUUUCGUCGGGAGUGUGUUAGGAGGAUCCCGUUUCUCGCCAUCGCCGUCAUUAAGACCCUUUGACCGUCGGUUCCAAUCGCGACUUUCACCUUCGAGCCCCAGCCAGGCAUCUACCCCCCGCGCAUUGUCACCGUCGUUGUUAGGUGUCCAUUCGCGGAAUUCGUCGGUAGCUAGCAAGUUCGAAGAUGUCGGGAUUGAAGGAUUGGAUGAUCGCUCGUCGGCACCGUGGGAUGUAGUUCGGUGGACAAAACUCAAGAAGAUCACUGGCCAGCUAUUCACCGAGGCCGGGAGAAGAAGUUUUGGAACACCGACAUGCAUCACUGUCUCCGCGACGAUUGCGCUGGGAACGUCCAAAGGCAUAAUACUCAUAUUCGAUUACUCACAAAACCUAAAGUCAAUCAUUGGUCCCGGAACGAAAGCGAUUGAGUGCGGCCCCAUUACUGCACUAGCGGUCUCUGCAGACCAUACAACAAUCGCUGGAGGCCAUGCAAAUGGACAUAUCUUCACAUGGGAGUUGGCGAAGCCUUCCCGUCCAUUUCUAAAGAUCCCGCCUUUAGCGUCGUACCAGAUGGAAGACCGGAAAGAGGAUGGUCAUGUCGAAGGAGUAUCGGUCUUGCACCUAGGAUUCUUGGGUAAUCGGCAUACCGCCCUGGUAUCGGCGGACGAUAGAGGGAUGGCGUUCUCCCAUCUAGCAACCCGAGGUUUAGGUGCUGUUGGCAGGGCGGUAAAGACAGCUCGCAUAUUGGGGAGAUAUCCUGUAGACACAGAACCGACCGGACGCCCGCGAAAACCUAGCUCAGUACUCGGGCUUUCUGUGCUCCCAUUAGGCAAUUCGCCGGAGAGAACGGAUUCGAUGGGUCUGGUUGCGAUGCUGACACCAUACCUUCUGGUGAUCGUAUCCGCCACUCCAGUAGCCCAGACCCAGCACAAAGCAGUGCGUCCGAAAGAGAUUGCCAGCGAAAGUGCACUUACUGGAUGUCUAGCAUGGUAUCCGGCCGUCAAACUAAAGCCAACUGCAUCCACUCCACCAGGAUCUUCGAAGGCCAGACUAGCUUAUGCGUGGUCCAAUGUUCUGACACUUCUGGAGCUUAGCACUGUUGAACACGAGAGUCCGGAAGACCCCAAUCGGCCACCUGCACUGGAAUUUCGCCCACGCAGUCGCUAUAGGUGCGAAGAAGCUAUUGUAGCAGUGCAGUGGUUCAGUCGGCAGAUCAUUGGUGUUUUGACUGUUACCCAGCGGUUGAUCAUAUUGGAAGAUGUGGCGUUGCGAGUGACCGAAACCUUUGAUCUGAUGCCGAAGCGUAUCCUUCACCGGGAUGUCUUUUCGGAACAUCUCGCAUCUCUCGUGAAUCGGAUGGACGAGGAAGGCUCCGUUCAUCCACACGUCGCCGAUGCUUUCUACAAUAGCUUUCGGGCCUACAAGGGUAGAUUGUUCCUGCUGUGCUCGCAAGAGGUAUCUGUCGGAGCACUAUCCAACUGGGCCGAUCGUCUACUCGCAAUGAUGGAAAUCGGUGAUUUUAUCGGGGCUAUCCGCUUAGCCACCACUUACUACGUUGGUAAGUCUAAUAGCUUGACUAUUGGACUACCCGAGGAUCCCACGGUACGCCAUCCAAUGGUCGAAGAAAAGCUGUUGGAAAUGAUGUCUGCUUCGCUACGCUAUGCGUUCGGGAAGAAUCAAAGCGCUCCAAGAAAGGAAGUACUCGGAAAGGGCCAGCUGCAGGAUCUUGCCACCGCGUGCUUCGACGCAUGCCUGAGCAUGGACCGGACAGACUUCUUGUUUGACGAGGCGUUUGAGUUCUUUGAGCAAGGAGCGUCGGUGGGGAUAUUUCUAGAGACACUGGAACCACACAUACUAGAUCAGCAGAUAUCCUUCAUACCACCGAUCGUUGUCAAAGCACUGAUCAUCCAAUUCACACAUCUCGAGCAGGAAAGUCGAUUGGAGGAAAUGAUAUGCCACAUGGAUACCCGGACGUUGGAUAUUGACCAAGUCACGACGCUAUGCAAGCAGCACCAGCUUUACGAUGCCAUGAUUUAUGUUUGGAACCGCGCUCUGAACGACUACAUUACACCGAUGAUAGACCUCCUUGCACUUCUUGUACCCAUAAUCCAGAAUGGCAUGCUUGAAAACGGCGACACGAUGCAUGCCGUGAAUGCACUCAAACUGUUCCCUUACCUUUCCUACACUCUUACUGGUAGAGUCUACCCAACAGGAGAGGCACUUUCUGAGCCCGAAGCGUCGAAUGCGAAGGCUCAACUCUAUUACUUUCUAUUCCUCGGACAGAAAAUCACCUGGCCAAAACAAGGCGGCAAGCCGUUCCUCACAAAACGAAACGCGGAACCGGAGCCGUCAUUCCCCUACCUCCGGCUGAUCCUGCAAUUCGAUGCUGCUAGCUUCUUGAGUGCUCUUAAUGAAGCCUUCGAGGACUCGUUUCUCAAUGGUGCACCAGAUACCUUGCUUAAUGGUGGAAAAACAGAUGUCGGGGAAGAACAAGUUUUUGGAAGAUCCGUAAAUCGACAAUACGUGGUCAGCAUCUUGUUGGAAGUCAUGAAUCCUACCGACUUCCCGCCCCAAGACACGAUCUACCUCGACAUGUUCAUCGCACGGAAUCUUCCAAAGUUCCCACAGUUCGUCCUACUGUCUGGGAGCUCUCUCCAUCGAGUUCUCGUCGGACUGUGCAAUCCUCCCGGUGACGAUAUCGCGGACGACUGCCAGCUGAGUGUGGAAUACCUGCUCACAGUUUACCGACCUCCAGAUAUCGACGGCUUGGUCGAACUCUUCGCCAGUGCUGGGUUCUUCCGGGUCCUCAAGUCGAUAUUCCGGACCGAAAAGCAGUACGCCAAACUCCUCCGCAUAUACUUCGAAGAUGAAGAAGCCUUGGAAGCUGUAUUCGAUUGCAUUGCCGACUGCUUGCGUCCCAAGAGUAACCUCACGGAAAAGCAACGGAAAGAAGUCAAGGGUGUUAUCGAGCAAAACGCCAGGAAACUCGUACGAAUUGGAGAUGCCCGCGCGGCAAGAAUCAUCAACACCUAUGCUCCAGACCUCCAUAAUGUAAUGCUGGUUGCCGUUGAGGAUAGUCCAGAUGAACAGUUUUCAUACCUCCGAACGAUCCUAGAGCCUUCGGAUGGACAGGAGCAGCACGAUAUAAACCGUCGACCUGCGAUCAUGCAGAACACUGGUUUUGUUGAGGCAUACGUCCGCUUGAUGUGUGACUUCGAUCCAGAACAUGUAUCGGACUACGUUGGCGGGUUGCAAUCGGGUGACCUUCGCCUGGAAAAGGUCCUGCCAGCCAUGGAGAGUAGUGGAGUUAUGGAUGCUGCUGUGGUGUUGAUGGCACGCGAAGGACAGAUCCGGCAGGCUAUGGAUCGGCUGCUGUCACAUCUAGGAACUCUUGAAGCCGCAUACAUAGCGGUGCUCGAAGCAUCAUCGAGUGUCGGCGACCUCGAAGCCAGCCAAAAAGCAGCCACAGAAACCCUUGAAUCUCUACAGAAGUACUCCAAAGUUGGCAUCUGGCUCUGUAAAGGCCAAAUGAUGAGCGGCAAGCGACUUCAACGUCCUCAGAACCACAACCGCCGACUCGAAAAGGAUCCCCUCAACAAGGAAGAACUACUCUGGCUCGAUCUCGUCGAUGCAGUUGUCCGCAUUGCCAAAAACUGCAUCUCCCUCACCAACCAACCAAAACCCGCCAGCGCCUCAACAGAACCCGAGAAGCGCCUCGACACCCAAAAACUCCUCGCUCACCUCCGCAAAUUCGUUCAGGACACCUUCUCCUCCCUCCUGACUGCGACUUCCUCCUCACCACUCCAAAUCUCCUUCCUGCACAUCCUCCGCGAAUUCCUUAGCCGUGCCUCGAUGGCCUCUCCAUCACUCGCCGACCUCCGCAAUGUCCUCACCGAUAUCUUCGAAACCUACCUCUACGAAGCGCAACUCCUCUCUCUCGCCAACAAGCUCCUAGACAAGGACCUCUUCGUGCACGUCGACUCCGCCGCGCGCCUCCGGCAACGCGGCUGGAAACCCGCUGGUCAAUCCUGCGAGGCAUGCGGGCAGCGCGUAUGGGGACCCGGCGCAGCAGGCGGUAUCUACAGCGCGUGGGAAAAGACUCGGCUGGAGAAUCAGCGGCGACUCGAGAAGUUGCGCGAAGAGCGUCGGAUGGAGGCUGAUGCCAGUGUUUCCGCCGUCGCCAGGGGGAAGGGUAAAGCUAGUGUUGAAAUUACGGAGCCGGCGGAGGGAGAGCAGGACGCGCAAUCGGCGGUGCUCGUGCUGUUCUGCUGUAGACAUGUCUUCCAUCGGAAGUGUCUUGAGGGACUUCAGCAGCCGUCGCAGCAGGAGGAACUGAUAUGUGUCGUCUGCGGUAGUGAGCAGUUUGCUGGUCCGGGGCAGAGUAAUUUAGUUUAGGGGCUUUUUGCGGGGUCAUUGUCAUUGUUCUUGUCCUUUUCUUCUCUUGUUCGUCUUAUCCGGAUGCGAUCUCGAUUGUGUACUUUCAGCGAAUGUUCUCUAAGUGCGGGUUAGUACUCCUCCAGAUAGUAUGAUAUUAGUAUGAAUGCAUUGAUUAUUGCUGGCUGGCU